CAGUAACCCCAAGGAGAGCAGCCCUUUCAUCAACAGCAGUGAUGCUGCUGCAGAGAAGAGCCAGCAGUAUGACGGCAAGAACAUGGCCUUGUUCGAGGAGGAGAUGGACACCAGCCCCAUGGUGUCGUCUCUCCUCAGCAGCCUGGCCAACUACUCCAACCUGCCCCAAGGAAGCAAGGAGCACGAGGAGGCUGAGAACAACGAGGCUGAGUCGUCGCGCAAGAAACCCGUCAAGGCCCCCCAGCUCGGUACCCUGAUGGGCGUCUACCUGCCAUGCAUCCAGAACAUCUUCGGAGUCAUCCUCUUCCUCAGGAUGACCUGGCUGGUGGGGAUCGGAGGAGUCAUUGGGACCUUCGUCAUUGUCUUCAUGUGCUGUUCCACAACCAUGCUGACUGCCAUCUCGAUGAGCGCCAUCGCUACCAAUGGAGUAGUGCCAGCUGGAGGCUCCUACUACAUGAUUUCCCGCUCACUUGGCCCGGAGUUUGGGGGAGCAGUGGGGAUCUGUUUCUACCUGGGGACUACCUACGCUGGAGCCAUGUAUAUCCUGGGGGCCAUCGAGCUCCUCCUGAUCUACAUAGCGCCAAAAGCGGCCAUCUUCCCUCUGGAGGGCCUGGAGGGUGCCGAGGCAGAGGCCGCCCUCCUGAACAACAUGCGUGUGUACGGAACCAUCCUGUUGACCUCCAUGGCCACGGUGGUGUUUGUGGGCGUCAAGUACGUCAACAAGCUGGCUCUGGUCUUCCUGGCCUGCGUCAUUCUCUCCAUCCUGGCCGUGUACGCCGGUGUCAUCAAAACCGCCGUCGAUCCUCCAGAAUUCCCUGUCUGUCUCUUAGGAAACCGCACUUUGGUGUGGAAGACUUUCGAUGUGUGUGCCAAACCAUAGACAGCUAACGGGACAGUCACCACCCAGCUGUGGCGCAUGUUCUGUGACUCACCUUUCCUCAAUGCUACCUGUGACAAGUUCUUUGUUGCCAACAACGUGUCUCAAAUCCAGGGUAUCCCCGGGGUCACCAGUGGAAUCCUAUCAGAGAACCUGUUUGGGACCUACUAUGAGAAAGGGGAUCUGAUCGCUAGAAAAUACAUGGAUACAGUGUCAGACGUUGACGACCCCCUGACCAACGCAAAACCGUACGUGUUGGCCGACAUCACCAGCUUUUUCACGCUGCUGGUCGGCAUCUACUUCCCCUCUGUGACAGGAAUCAUGGCUGGCUCCAACCGCUCCGGAGACCUGCGUGAUGCCCAGAAGUCAAUCCCCAUAGCCAUUGCAGCCAUCACAACCACCUCUAUAGUCUACAUGUCCAGUGUGAUUCUGUUUGGUGCCUGCAUCGAGGGUGUGGUCCUCAGAGACAAGUUUGGAGAGGGAGUCCACGGGAAUUUGGUGAUUGGCACGUUAGCUUGGCCGUCACCAUGGGUGAUCGUGAUUGGCUCCUUUUUCUCCACUUGUGGGGCGGGGCUUCAGAGUCUCACAGGAGCUCCUCGUCUCCUGCAGGCCAUUGCCAAGGACAACAUAGUGCCUGCCCUUCGGAUCUUUGGUCACGGAAAGGCCAACGGAGAGCCCACAUGGUCCCUCCUGCUGACAGCGUGUAUCUGCGAGAGCGGCAUCCUCAUUGCCUCCCUGGAUGCUGUGGCUCCCAUCCUCUCCAUGUUCUUCCUGAUGUGCUACAUGUUUGUGAACCUGGCCUGCGCUCUGCAGACGCUGCUGAGGACUCCCAACUGGAGACCUCGCUUCAAGUUUUACCACUGGCUUCUGUCCUUCCUCGGGAUGAGCUUGUGUCUCUGUCUUAUGUUCAUCUGCUCAUGGUACUACGCCAUCGUCGCCAUGGCAAUUGCAGGCUCUAUCUACAAGUAUAUCGAGUUUGCAGGUGCGGAGAAAGAAUGGGGUGAUGGGAUACGUGGUCUGUCUCUGAGUGCUGCACGUUACGCUCUCAUGCGGCUGGAGGAAGGUCCCCCACACACCAAGAACUGGAGGCCUCAGCUGCUGGUGCUGGUCAGCACAGACGCAGAGCAGAACGUGGAGCAGCCUCGUCUGCUCUCUCUGACCAACCAGCUGAAGGCGGGUAAAGGUCUGACCAUCGUGGGAACAGCUCUGGAAGGAACGUAUCUGGAGAACUCUGAACAGAGUCAGCGUGCAGAGCAGGCGCUGCAUAAACUGAUGGAGACGGAGAAGGUGAAGGGUUUCUGUCAAGUGACGGUGUCCUCAAACCUUCGUGACGCUACCUCCCACCUCCUCCAGGCCAGUGGGCUGGGAGGCCUGAAACACAACGCUGUGCUGGUGUCCUGGCCACGCAACUGGAAGCAAGGAGAUGAGCACCAGACCUGGAGGAACUUUGUUGAAUUGGUCAGAGAAACAACCGCCGCUCACCAUGCUCUACUCGUCCCGAAGAACAUCUCAGCCUUCCCGUCCAAUGGAGAGCGCUUCACUGAGGGUCACAUUGACGUGUGGUGGAUUGUCCAUGAUGGAGGCAUGCUGAUGCUGCUGCCAUUCCUCCUCCGCCAGCACAAGGUUUGGAGGAAGUGCAAGAUGCGCAUCUUCACCGUGGCCCAGUUGGACGACAACAGCAUCCAGAUGAAGAAGGACCUGACCACAUUCUUGUAUCACCUCCGUAUCGACGCCAUGGUGGAAGUUGUAGAAAUGCAUGACAGCGACAUCUCAGCCUACACCUACGAGAAGACUCUAGUGAUGGAACAACGGUCACAGAUGCUGAAACAAAUCAACCUGACCAAGACCGAGCGUGAGAGAGAGAUCCAGAGUAUCACUGAUCAUUCCCGCGGGUCAAUCCGCCGUAAGAACCCGGCCGCUGUGACCACUCAGCUGAGUGUGACCGAAGAGCCACCAGCAGCCAGCAAGGAGGAGAAGCCUGAGGAAGAGGUCCAGCUCAUCCACGACAACACCAACCCAGCCAGCCCAGCCACCCCGGCCACCCCGCUGACCCCUGCAGAGGCAGCUCAGAGUCCCGGGGAGCAGGUCCAGAUGACAUGGACCGAGAAGUGCGACGGUGAGCCGGCCAAGCCGCCCGGUGCAGCCACACCAGAGGGCAUCAAAGACAUCUUCAACAUGAAGCCGAACCAGUCCAAUGUGCGACGUAUGCACACAGCGCUCCGGCUGAAUGAAGUCAUCAUCAAGAAGUCCUCAGAGGCCAAGCUAGUCCUCCUCAAUAUGCCCGGGCCACCCAGGAACCGGACAGGUGACGAGAACUGUAUCCUUCAUCCAGACUGAACUGGGUAAAGAGCAUGAAGGAGAGCCCAUAUGUGAUUGAUUCAUAUCUGUAGAUGGAGACUGAUUUAUACUCAACUCAUGAAACAAUAUGAUUCACACAUUUUUUAAACGUUUUUGGGGGGGCUUUUAACCCUUUUAGUGAGAGGACAGGACAGUGGAUAGAGCAGGAAACUGGGAAAAGAGGGAGGAAUGACAUGGGGCGAAGGGCCUCAAGUUGAAAUCAAACAGGGGCUGCCCACUUCAAGGACAGCAGCAACUGUACAUGGGGCAUGUAGCUAAACUGGCACCCCUUCACAAAUCAUUUAAGGGUGUUGUAACCCAGUUUAUGUUCAAGCUUAAGAGAUGAGAUGACUCCUUUAACUCAUAUUUAUGAUACUUUAAUCUGCCUUUUUACUGCUUUACACCUAGGCUACUCUUUUUAUUACAAAUGAGCUUUUAUUUUGAAAGGAUGUAAAAUAUUUUGUUGGAUCGUAAAGGUACAAGAGUAAAUGCAAACAACUACAGGUUUGGAUACACUGUUUGUGACACAUACGGAAGUAAUAGAGAGGGAGAUCAUACACUAGUUUAUCUAUAGUUUAUAUAGAUAGGGGUUCUUUUAAAAAUAAAAUGC